CGGCACCAUCCAUCGCAUAUCGCCCGUCGCGACCCCUUCCUCGAAUUUAUCAUCACCAUCGUAUUCACAAUGGGAAGCGAAGUCCCCGAGAACAGCCAGCAGCAGGCGCCUGCACCUACCGAUGCGGAUAUGAUGCUCAAGGCCGAGCCCGGCGCGGCUGAAGCGCUGGCGCAGAUGGAGUUUAAGAUGCCCACGCGCAAGGAUACUUCGCUGCGCGAGUUCCUACACAAGAUCGACGACUUUGCCCCAAUUAUCCCCGACGCCGUCACCAGCUACUACAUGACCAAGGCUGGCCUUCCUCCUCCUCCUCAGACGGACCCGCGCCUCGCCCGCCUUUUGGCCCUCGCCACGCAGAAAUUCAUUGCCGAUAUUGCUGCCGAUGCCUACCAGUACAGCCGUAUUCGCGCAUCAAGUAACAACAAUACCAACAACCCCAUGGGCUCGCUCGGCGCUGCUGCCGGUUUCCCAGUCCCUGGCCAGCAGACUAAUCAGCAGAACAAGCAGGACCAGGGCAAAGGCGGACCAUUGGGUAUCCAGCGUCCUGGAUACGGUGGUGGUGGCCAGGGUGGCAGCCAGAACAGAACUGUCUUGACCAUGGAAGACCUGGGUAUGGCUGUUGGCGAGUAUGGCGUGAACGUCAAGAGAAGCGAGUUUUACCGCUAGAUGGUCAACAGUACCGGGGUAUAAUGGCGUUUUAUGGACUUGAGUUUCUUUGUUGUUAAAUCACGGAUGGCGUUUGGGAUGUAUAUCAAGA